UAAUCGGAUAAGGAUAUGCAGAGCGGCAAUAACUUAAAUGAAGCUGGGCUGGUCUUAUCGAAAAAAGUAAACAACUCAAUCUUGCUCAUACAAGACCUAAAUCACCUUUGUGGAAAAUCUUUCAUCCACAAACGUAUUUUAAAUAGGCACAUGCAGUACCAUGGAUAUUUCAGUUACAAGUGCGUGAUUUGUGGUUCUAAAUUCUCCAAAUAUGAUCAAUACUAUAAUCAUCGCAUGCAACACACUGGAUUACCUUAUAAAUGUGGCGUUUGUGAAAAGCAGUUUCCAGAUGCUUACAAGAUUAAGCGUCAUAUAAGAGGUGUGCACAAAAUUGAAGAAGACAAGGAGGUGCAGAAACUCGUUGUAAGAAUAAACAUAACAAAAGAAAUAAAUAAUAAAAUAAAUCGGUCUUAA